UAUGAAUCAUAAGGCGUCAACGAGAUACUCCAACAGGAGGGAUUUUGGAGUAGAAAGACAAGACUCUUUUGCAGCUGAUAUAGUUCCGAGAAGACACUAUGCUCCUUACGAGAAUAGGAUGAACAAAGGUCCAUCUAAGUGGUCAAGGAAUCUGGUUUGGACGGCAUCUGAUGGCAACAGGCCAAGCAAGAACGAUAACACCCAUGGAUCAUCGAAACCACCAGUUUUAGGAAAGAAUGGUGGGUACGUGCAAAGAAGCUCAUCUGUUUCAGAGACUAGAGGUUGGGUGUCGAGAGAUAAUGGCAGUCCUAAGUCUAGGGAUUGUGUUUGUAAGUUUUGGAAAGCUGGAAACUGCAAGAGGGGUGAUCAAUGCCAGUUUUUGCACUCGUGGUGUUGCUUCCCUGGAAUGGCUAUGGUAGCUUCUCUUGAAGGACACAAGAAGGAACUAAAGGGGAUUGCACUUCCUACAGGUUCAGAUAAACUCUUUUCGGCCAGUAGCGAUGGUACAGUGCCAAUAUGGGACUGCGACACUGGCCAGUGUGUUCAUACAUUCAACCUCCAGGCAGAAGCAGGGUCUCUAAUCAGCGAAGGCUUAUGGGUUUUCCUUGGCUUGCCAAAUGCUGUAAAGGCUUUUAACGUUCAAACCAGUAAAGAUUUGCAUCUUAACGGGGUGGUUGGUCAGGUCCAUGCUAUGACUGUUGCAAAUGGAAUGCUUUUUGCUGGGACAAGUGUAAGCAUCUUUACUCAAUCUCCCUUGCUUUUCAACUUCGUAUCAGUCUGGAAAGCAACUGACACCGAGUCUGAUCCGUUCACAUACCUAGUAACAUCCCUCGAGGGACAUCAUAGUGGCCAAGUCACGUGUUUUAUUGUCGGACGAGAGCGAGUAUACUCUGGCUCUGUCCUCUGUGCGGGAUCUCAACACACUGGAAUGUACAAUGACCCUGAGACAACAUACAUACACUGUCACGUCUCUCUUAUGUUGGGAUCAGUUUCUGUAUUUGUCUUCAUUGGAUGGAACUAUAAAAAUGUGGUUUGUUCUGAAAAUGGCAGUUUUAAAGUCGUGGAUACUCGCAGACAAGAACAGAGGCCAAACCGAUCAUGUUCUGCUCUUACCAAAAAGGGACUGUCAGCAUCUACGAUCUACCAUCAUAAUUUUAAAGAAAGAGGAAACAUAUUCUCGACGCAGACAAUCGGCACAAUCACAAUUGGUCCUGGCGGACUCUUAUUCAGUGGAGAC